AUGGCUAAGGUAAUGAUGCAUUCCAACGUGAAAGGGCGAAUGGACCGAGAUGAGGACCUCACUCUUUUCAGGGAAUUGCGGAAGCGCCAGAAUGAACGAAUCUCCAGCCUCAUGCACUGUGCUUCUGAAGAUUAUGAAUGUGACUCUAAUGGAAAGGUUUCACUCUAUAAAAUUCCUUCAGGAAAGAAAGAAUAUGGACUUGAGUUUCUGGAAACAAACAAAAAUGACUAUGAUUGGUUGAAAACACCACCUGCAACUCCUUUGUUUCCAUCCCUAGAAAUGGAACCCAGUGCUCAACUUGUCACUCAAAAAGAGAUACCAAUCUCUCAGCCUAUCUCAAGAUUUGCAUGGAGUGAUGUGGAGGCAGUAAAACCCAAAGCAAUAGAUGGAAAAGCAAAUCAUACAAAUUCAACUAAAGCAAAACUUCCUCUGAGAUCAGUAACCCCAAGUCAUAACAGACAGAGACCAAGCAUCAUUAAGAAUAUAAAUGAACAACAAUCAAGUACUCAUCCUACUAUUACCAACAAGGGCAAUAAUGCCAAAACAGAACAUGAUGCUGCCAGCAACACUAAAUCUACUCUCCCAAAGCAUACCAACAAUGCUGAUUUCCUUGCUUUGAAUCUUAAGAAAAGCACAGAAGCAAAUGAAUCUCAGAGAAAGCCUAAACCUAGAGGUGUUUCUCCAUCAGUGAGGUCAAGGGUUAAAGGUAAUAUAGUAGAACUCUCAAAUGAGGCACCACCAAAUUUAAGGACAGAUCAGAGGUCAAGUUCCACUACAAGAGGAAGAAGCACUACGCCAGCAUCUACUGUUGUAGGGUAUCAAAACCAGGACCCUACUCCAAAAGCAUGUAGACCAUCAAGGUCACCAUCAAAAAGGGUUACAGGGAAUAUGAUACAACUUUCAAAUGAGGCACCACCAAAUCUAAGGACAGAUCAGAGGUCAAGUUCUACUACAAGAGGAAGAAGCACUACUCGAGAAUCUACAGUUGUAGGGCUUAAAAACCAGGAUCCUACUCCAAGAGCAUGUAGACCAUCAAGGUCACCAUCACCAAGUGUGUCUAAUGGUGGUUGGAACCAGUUAGACAAAACCCAGAAAAAUUUGAAGACACAAAAAGAUAAAUUUACUCUAGCAGCAGGUGAUAAUGAAACUAAAGCACAUUUUAGAGGAAGCAAAAUGGUAGAGAAAGUGGUAAAUGCUAGAAAAUCUGGUAUCAGUCAUGCAGACAAGGAAACAAAAUCUAAGCCUCUCAAAUAUAGGGUAUGA